AAAUUUGUCAAUAAGUUUAAACACCAUUUUCAAUGGAGUGUGUUUGUGUGUGUGGGGGUGCAGUUCGUAUAUUUUCCGCUAGGUGACAGCAGCGUGCGGAAAUCAGCUUGAUGUACCCACAACGAAGAAACUGUCAAAACAGUCUGUUUUGAUUCGCACACCGGUUAGAAAAAUGACCGAAUAAAUAAAAGUUAUUUUAAAUAUGCAGCGUACAUUUUUCGGGAAGUGGGGACAUUUUUUUGCCGCUGCGUGGAGGCGUGUUAACCGGUGGAAAUAGCUGUUUGGGUGAACUUUUGUGCUAGCCGGUUAGCUUCGCUGAAUCCAGCUGCUUCAUGGAGAUCUCUGGGCUGAACGUGACCAUAUAUAGACCGGCCGAAGAGCUCUGUCCGCGGUGAAAUGUAAACCGAUCGGGGAGCAGACUCAAAGAACGACAACAUUUAAAAGAUUAAAAAAAACAAAACAAAAAAAGCUCAUCAUCAUGUCAUCCGAGCAGGUCAUCGCCAUCGUCGUGGAUGACAAGAUCUACGAGGUGGACAAGAAGAAGCUGAUCGAGAAAAGCGACUACUUCCGAGCUCUGUACAGUUCCGGGAUGAAGGAGUCCACGGAGGACUCUGUGGAGCUGCAGGGGCUCAGCAUCCCCGGCCUGGAGCUGGUCCUGGAGUUCAUCAACACCUCCAAAGUCCAGGUGGUGAACGAGACUCUGGAGGAUCUGAUCGAGACUGCCUCCUUCCUACAGGUCACCUCAAUCCUGAAGCUCCUGACCUCAGAGAUCCGGCUGGACAACUGCGUGGAGCUGUACAACCUCUCUGGGAUCUACGGGACCCAUGAUCUGCGCAGCUCCUGCCUCAAGUACAUGAGCUGCUAUUACCACCCCAUUCUGAGGCGGCCGGAGUUCAGCCGCCUGCCCUCUGCGGUCAGGGACCAGGUCAGGGAGAUGCGCAUGAAGGGCAGCGCCACCCUGGUGGCCAUCGGAGACUUCACCUGCCUGUCCCUGGACGUGCCCGACCAGGACCAGCCCUGGUCCAUGCUGCGGUACGGAGAGGUGGAGCAACGCUGGAAGCCCCUGUCCAACCAACUCCCGCCAGAUAUGGUCAACGUGAGAGGGUACGGCUCCACCGUCCUGGAUAACUACCUGUUCAUCGGUGGAGGAUACAGGAUGACCAGUCAGGAGAUCUCUGCUGUUCACUGCUACAACCCCUGCAGGAAUGAAUGGAACCACGUGGCUCCGCUCAACCAGAAAAGGUACGACUUUUCCCCCCCAUGGAUUCACAAAGGUCAAAUCCGAGGCGUUUCACCCUCUGUCCUCUCCUCCAGGUCCAACUUCAAGCUGCUGGCCGUUCAAGGGAAACUCUUUGCUGUUGGAGGCCAGUGUCUGGGCACGGUGGAGUGUUACUGUCCAGAGCAGGACUGGUGGACGUGUGUGUCCUCCAUGCCAGACCCUCUGACUGAGUUUUCUGCCUGCGAGUGCCAGGGUUUCAUCUACGUCAUCGGAGGAUACACGGCAAGGGACAGAAACACCAGCGUUCUCCGUUACUGCCCCACCUCCGACUCCUGGGCCGUGUUCCGGUCCUGUUCGGUCCACAUUCGCAAGCAGCAGAUGCUGUCGGUGGAGGACACCAUCUACCUUGUGGGCGGUUACACCCACGAGCUGCAGACGGGUUGGUGCCGGCGCCGCCCGAGCCAGACCGAGGACGUCCUGACGGUGCAUUCCUACAACGUGACCACCGGGGAGUGGCUCCAGCUCAAGGAGAACACGUCCAAGUCGGGUCUGAACCUGACCUGCGCGCUGCACAACGACGGCAUCUACAUGAUGAGCCGGGAUGUGAGCCCGCUCACCAGUUUGGAGCACCGCGUCUUCCUCAAGUACAACAUUUUCUCAGACGCCUGGGAGGCCUUCAGGCGCUUUCCUGCUCUCGGGCAGAACACGCUGCUGUGCUCGCUUUACCUCCCCAAUGUGCUAUGACUGUUGGAGGGGGGGGGGGGGGCGGAGACCUGAGCUCUAACACAGGAUUGGAGGAGACCAAGUCAACCUAUGUGCCUCAAAACUAUCGGAGCCAAAAAAAAAAAGAAGUGCCUCUGAUCUGUUAACACAGUUAUAAGAAUAUAAAUGCACCCUCUGAAAACCGUUUCCCAUCAUGCAGUUCCAUCUUUGCAGGAACAAGCUUCAUAUUUCUUCAUGCAGAGUUUUAAAUGUGGUCUCUCUCAGCAUUUUCCUGAUGUUUACACUACAGACACAGACGAGUGCGUCGGUCCAGAUUUCACCUCAAACCUUUGAGUGGCUGCAUUUGUGGUCGUGCACACAGCGGACAGCCGUGGCCUUGGUUUGAUGCCGCCAAACGGGGCACUGUGUGCUCGCUGCACGGUUUCAGAAACACUAGACGGCACUCUUCCAUGAACUGAAAGAUGCACGUGCCUUCUGCUGCCUCACUCUAAACAACUCAAAAAAAGAAUUAUUACAAUUGACUAAAUCUGUUCUGUUUUUCUUUUCUUUUCUUUUUUUUAAACUUUUUUUUAAAUGAUGUACUUGUUUUGGGUUUUUGUUUCCAGGAAAAAGAGUUAAGUCUUUGGAAACUAUGACAAAAUAAAGAUUUCUUUGUAUGUCAA